AUGGGUUUAUCUAUUUCCAAGUUAUUACAAGGCCUUUUCGGUCGCAAAGAAAUGAGAAUCUUGAUGGUUGGUUUAGAUGCCGCCGGUAAGACCACCAUUUUAUAUAAGUUGAAGUUGGGUGAAAUUGUCACAACCAUUCCAACCAUUGGUUUCAACGUCGAAACAGUGGAAUACAAGAACAUCUCCUUCACUGUUUGGGAUGUUGGUGGACAAGACAAGAUCAGACCAUUAUGGAGACACUACUUCCAAAACACUCAAGGUAUCAUUUUUGUUGUCGAUUCCAACGAUAGAGACAGAAUCUCCGAAGCCAGAGAAGAAUUGCAAAGAAUGCUCAAUGAAGAUGAAUUGAGGGAUGCUGUUCUUUUGGUCUUUGCUAAUAAACAAGAUUUGCCAAACGCAAUGACCGCCGCAGAAAUUACCGAGAAAUUAGGUCUUCAAUCCAUCAGACCAAGACCUUGGUUCAUCCAAGCAACCUGUGCAACUUCUGGUGAUGGUUUGUAUGAAGGUUUGGAAUGGUUGUCCAACACUUUGAAGAAUAGUGCUUAA